AUGAGGCGUGCACUCUCCCUCAGUUUUUCAGGCUUCUUUUUAGACAAAUGUGACUCCAUACGCCAACGUUCCUCAGGGGAAAUUUUCAUCGGGGGACUUAUCACGAUCAUAGGUCGAGCCGUCGGCCUAGACUUCCCGGAUCCCGAGUACAUACCUGUCGACACCCCACCGAACUUCCUGCUAGAUUGUGACACUCUCAUCCGGAUGGAGAUGUUGCUCGAUCGGGGAACCCGCACGUACAGUUGGUUAGACUCUGACAAAGCCCCGGUUUACAUCCUGCCAAGUUGGAUCGGUUCUUCAUUCGAUACAGGCGACCCCGACACUUGGCUUCCUCCAGAUCAAUUGACCCAAGCAGGUGUAUUCCCAGAAUUCGGUGAUGAUGAGGGUGACGACGCAGAGCAACAAGAGGAAGAAGAUGACGAAGAGAACGACGAGAUGCCCGAAGCUGAGGAUCAUUUUGACCAGCCCUCGAUGCAGCAGCCGAUGUUUCCGCAUGAUCAAUUCCAGGCCCCUCCACAUCAUUUUGACCAGCCGCAUCAGCAGGAGGACACGAAGUCCCACCAUAUUUCCCCCCAUGUUCUUUGA